AUGCCGCAAACUUGCUUCACACAAUACCAAACCUCCGGUCCUCUUCUCUGUGGACCGUCCGUGACACUGAAACAAUCCCUCACGAACGGCGGUACCAAAUCGAGUACACUGACACUAUCGACAGCGGCACUUAGCGAGGAUAUCAGGCGAGCGAUACAAUCUUCGUCUAGCACCCCCAAAUAUGUGUCGUUCCGGGGCGAAUAUGAACAACCGCCGCCACCUCCGCCAUCCCCCGUAACGGCAUCUGGAUGGACCAUGAACGGGAAAUUUGAGGCCGCAGCCUAA